AUGUCCGCAUCCAAAGAGAACAAUGCAGCAUAUACCGAUCCAAUGUUAAUCAAAAAUUCUUCAUACAAGUGCGGGAAAAAAUCAGACAUCUUCAGUCUUGGCGUAAUAUUUUGGGAAAUUUUUAGCGGGAAAUCUCCGUGCGAAGGGCAUACGCAAAGUGCUGAAAUUUUUAAAUACAGGCUAAAAGGGUUUCGUGAUAAACCUGUACCCGGAAUACCGGAUGAAUAUACCAAAUUAUAUACAGACUGUUGGAAUGAAGAUCCUGAUAAGCGACCGUUUUGUAAAGAGAUUCAUGACCGAUUAAAACUGUUCGAACAAUUAGCAAUGCAAGGUGACCAAUCAUCGGUUGAACAGGGUAAUAAUCCU